AUGGCUCGGUGGUUGGUGAAUAACGUGCUAGUGUUGCUCAUUGGGGUUCUUCUUCCGGGCGAUCGUGGUGGCAAUUUCGCGGCCGGUGCCAACAUUCUCUGCCUGAUGGGAGUUCCCAGCCCCAGUCAUCACAUUUGGAAUCGUGCCCUGAUGGAGGGAUUGGCGGCUAGGGGCCACAAUUUGACGAUCGUGUCGCCGGAUAUUGAGGUGAAGCAGAAACCAAACCUAACGUACAUCCACCUAGAGGAAACGUACGACACGAUCCACGAGGGUGCAACAGCGAUCGAUUUCUACGAGAUGGCUCAAGCAGGAAUAUUGGAGAGUAUGAAGAUCUUCUACGACUACGCCAUGUCGAUGUGCAUCGGAAUACUACGCUCGAAGGGUUACCAAACGAUCAUGAACUAUCCGAAUGACUACAAGUUCGAUUUAGUGCUGUACGAUUUCACCUGCGGUCCGUGCUUGAUGGCGCUGUACCACAAAUUUGGCCAGCCACCAAUGGUUGGUGUAACGGGCUUCAACACUCCCCCAUACACGACGGAUUUAAUCGGUGGCCACAAGUACUAUGCCUACGUGCCCUACUACGUCCUGGAUUACGACGUUAGCAUGAACUUUUUCCAACGGUUCUACAGCGCGGUCAUCCACUGGAUCGACUACUUCUACCGGAACUACGUGUUCUUGAAGAACACAGACCGUUUAGUGCGGGAACACCACAAAGCAGAUAACCUGCCGUACCUAGGCGAGCUGGAUCAGAAAAUGAUGCUUAUGCUGGUGAACUCCCAUCACUCGGUCGACUUCCCCGAACCGGUUCCCCAGAACAUGGUGCAAGUUGGUGGACUGCAAAUCAUACCCCCCAAACCACUGCCAGCCGAUAUCGACCGGUUCAUUAGUGCCGGUAAGAAAGGAUCCGUACUAUUCUCACUCGGGACGAAUGUGAUGAGCAAGGACUUGGGACCGGAACGCAUCAAGGCGUUCCUGCAAGCGUUCCAACAAAUGCCGGGUUACAACUUUUUGUGGAAGUUCGAAAGCGAUGUCGAUCUGCAGCUGCCACCGAACGUCAUGAUGAAGAAGUUUUUGCCUCAGAACGAUAUACUAGCGCAUCCGAACAUCAAGGGCUUCAUGACACAUGGUGGGUUGCUCAGCACGCACGAGGCCACCUGGCAUGGAGUUCCGAUGAUUGGUAUUCCGGUGAUCGCCGAUCAGUAUCGGAACCUCGCCAAAUCCGUUCGAGCCGGUGUAGCCGAAAAGUUGAACCUUUGGGAUCUCAGCGUUGAUAAAAUACGCAACACAGUACUGAAGGUGCUGGAAACACCUUCCUACCGGCAGGCCAUGGACAUUCGAUCUGGCCUGUUUCGAGACCAGCCCGAAACACCUCUCGAGCGAGGUAUUUGGUGGGUAGAAUGGGCGUUGCGGCAUCCAAAUGCCAAAACCAUCCAAUCACCCACGCUUGAGCUGGGACCGUGGAAGAGUGAACUAUACGAUGUGAAGCUUACUAUAGUGCUUGGCGUACUACUGGCAUAUUUCGCCUUGAGCAAGCUAUUCCGCGGUUUGUUUGGAAAGUCAUCACACACUAGCAAAUCGAAGAAAAAAGUUCACUAGCACUUCAACAUGUUUUUAGGGCAUAUACUACCAGGAAUCUCUUAAAUAAAACCGACACCCCAUCAAUUACGUGAAUAAAAUGCAUCAGCCAUGAUGUUAUUUAAACGAUGCAUCGUCAUCUUUUUUGUUUAGGAUCACAUGCAAUAUGUUUACGUUAAUACUAAUUAUGCAUCAUUUCCUGCACGGAAGGCUGAUAGUGGCACGUGCACCACAGUAGGUAGCGGCAUUAGUAGUAACGAUAC